AUGUCCAUUUCCAGUGUCCUCACCUACUUCGCCCUUGGCUACGCUGCCUUGACCAUCUUCUUCUACGCCAUGUCCCUCGUCGUUCCCCAAGCUGCCUUUGCCGCCCGCGGUCUCGCCUCCUAUGUCUCUCUCCUCGUUGUCGCCGCCUACGGUGUCUUUGCCUCCAUCUUCCUCACCCUCGUCGGCAAGCAGGGCAUCGCGCAAUGGGCUGUCGGUCGCUCCUUUCACUACCUCAUGCUCUACACCACCGGCGUUGAGUUUGUCAUUGAGGACCCGGAUAAUGUACUCGGAACCACGCGCCCUGCUGUCUUUGUCGGCAACCACCAGACCGAGCUCGACGUUCUUAUGCUGGGAAGAAUGUUCCCCAAGUACUGCAGUGUUACUGCCAAGGCUUCGCUCAAGAAGGUCCCCUUUCUGGGAUGGUUCAUGUCGCUAAGCGGCUCCAUCUUUAUCGAUCGCAAGAACAGCAAGGAUGCCCGUGAUGCUAUGAAGGGCGCCGCCAGCGAGAUCCAGUCCAAGCGACAGAGCGUCUACAUGUUCCCUGAGGGUACUCGAAGCUACGCCAAGGAGCCCAUGCUGCUGCCGUUCAAGAAGGGCGCUUUCCAUCUUGCUGUUGAGGCCGGCGUGCCUAUUGUGCCUUGCGUGGUCGCAAACUACAGCCAUGUCCUCUACCCCAAGACCUUCACUUUCAACUCUGGAAAGAUCCCAGUUAAGGUCCUCAAGCCCAUCCCUACCAAGGGUCUUACCGCCGCCGACGUCGAAGAGCUUACCCGCACAACGCGCGAACUCAUGCUCAACGAACUCGUUACUGUCACAGCAAAGGCCCGUGGCCAACCCAUGGCCGUGCCAGCUUCGCUAAGCGACUCAACAGCUGGCAAGAGCUCCGCCAUUGACACUAAUGGAUCGGCGCAAUAA